CAAGCUAAAGUCCAAAUAAACAUUUUAUUUUUAAGACUCCUGCGUACUCAGGCGCUGCUGCUUGUGCAAGCUCCGGCCCAUCCGACGGCGCAUCCCGGGCGUGGACACCCGGCAGGGACGGGCCUGUACCAGGGACAGAGAAGGACCGGAUAAGCCUGAAAACACUGUCGAAUAGCCAGAGAAAGAAGCCAGCGCGGGACCGGGACUCCGCGGGGAGAUACUCGAGGAGAGAGCGAAGGGCCCCUUGGGCUGCAGCCACCUCCCCUCCCUUCUGCCCCGGUUGCGUUCAGGGGGACGUGGUGCGGCGUAACCCCCGCAGCCGCCGGCCAGCCGCCUGCUCUCCUGCUUUGUGCGGUGGAAUCACGCUGCCGACCGGGAUCUGUUCCCCGCAAAACUAACUCAUUAAUAUAAAUCAAAUAAUGGGGGGGGGAGGGAAAGAGGGGGAGAGGUAGGGUGCGCGGUUGCUCAUGAAUUAAAUAUAAGCCUCUGACUGUCCUGAACAAAGCGACCGUCCCCUUGGGAAGGGUGACGUCUCCUCAGUAACGUGAUUGCUUCUUCGGAAGCAGAAACGUGUAAACGCUAUAAAACGCGGUGGCGCGGCGGGCAGCUCAGAGCGUGCGGCGGGACGGAGCUCUCCUCUUCACCUUCAUCCUCCGCCGCCCCGUCAGCCGCGCAGCGGGGCAGGGCGCAGGCCCCCAGCAGCGCAGCGCUCCGCGCCCGCCCAGCCAGCCACACCGACAGACUUGCGGCUCCGUGGCGGCCAUGGAGCACCGCAGCGCCUCUCCGCUCCUGCUCGCCCUCGCCCUCCUCAGCGCCCUCUGCUGGCGGGCGCGGGCGCUGCCCCCGCGGGGCGCCGCCUUCCCCCCUGUCCCGCGAUUGGGAAACAGAAUGCCAUUUGAUGGAGCCAGUGAACCUGACCAUGCCCACGGGUCAUUAAAGUCUGAAUCAGACAUUUUGCAGAACACACUACCUGAAAAUGAGAAAUUCUAUUUUGAUCUGUCCAGAAUUAUUGAUAGAAAUGCAAGGCAUGCUGAUGGAAUUUUCACCAGUGUCUACAGCCAUCUUUUGGCUAAACUUGCUGUGAAGAGAUAUCUGCAUUCGCUUAUUAGAAAACGAGUUAGCUCCCAGGACAGUCCUGUCAAACGCCACUCUGACGCUGUCUUCACUGACAACUACAGCCGCUUUCGAAAGCAAAUGGCUGUGAAGAAGUACUUAAAUUCAGUUUUAACUGGAAAAAGAAGCCAGGAAGAGCUCAACCCUGCUAAACUUCGAGAUGAAGCAGAACUUCUUGAACCUUCCUUUUCAGAAAACUAUGAUUCUGUAGAUGAUCUGCUGAGCCGCCUCCCACUGGACCUCUGAAAGACACCUGGUGAAGUCUACGACAAGAACAAGUUAUUUUUGAGUUCCACAUAGUAUUUCAAAGAGAUGACUUUAGUCAUCAAACCAGAACAAAUAUGUUGUGAAGUGAAAGUUGUGAUAUAUUUGUUUCUUAUGUAAUAAAAGUUGAUAUUUACAUUGUAAAUAUUACUCUAGAGUUCUCUACUGAAAGCUGUACAUAUGGAUGCCAGUUUAACUCAUGAGAAGUCUGUGAGUCCAUAUGCUGUAAAUCCUUUACUUCAAUAAAUUCAUUUGAAAAUGA